AUGCCCGAAUUCGACGUCGUCAUCGUAGGCGCUGGCAUCGCCGGCUCCACGCUGGCCGCCAUGCUGUCGCCCCACGUCUCGCUCGCCGUCGUUGAUAGAGACAUCGCCGCGAUCCCCGGCUCGACAGGCCAUGCUCCGGGCGUCGUAGCUCAGAUCAACUCGAUCCCCGCUCUGGCCGAACUCGCCCGCCGCUCUGUGGCCUAUUACACGCGCAUUCCAAAUGGGUUCGACAUAGUCGGAGGGCUCGAAGUCGCCCUUGGACCCGGAGAGACGAUCCACACGAUGGAAGCACGCGCGACUCUCGCCCACUCUCUGGGACUCGCAGCCGAAGUCUUGACGCUGGAGGAGGCGUCCGCUCUCGCCCCGGCGUUCGUGAGAGAAGACGCGGCGGGCGCAGUCCACUUCCCCAACGACGGGGUAUGUGAUGCCAAGACCGUAACAAGAGCCAACAUCCUCAAGGCCAAGAAUAACGGCGCAUCCCUGAUCGAUGGCAACGUCACUCGCAUCGCCAACGACGCGGGAUGGCGGGUUACUCUCUCCACUCCCAACGGUACGCGGGUAUUAAGUGCGGCCCAUGUGGCCGUAUGUACCGGCGCCUGGGGCGGCCAGCUCCUUCCCACCCUCGAGGCGGCCGCGGUAGCCGUUGCUCACCCGUACGUGUUUAGUGAGCGGCGGGAACCCCGCCCUCAGCCGCCGCAGGAAGACCUCCUCCGCAAGCCGGGGCGGUUUGCACCCUUCGUCCGAUUCCCCGGCCAAACCGUCUAUGCUCGGGACCACGGCGAACGCGACGGACUGGGAUCCUACGCGCAUCCGCCCGUACACAUCAAGCCCUCGUCUCUCAAGAACCAAGCCUCGGGCGUGGCGGCAUGGGAACCGAAAUUCGACGGGUGGAUGGAUGCCAGCGCUUCGGUCCUGCCAGACGAAACGGCGCGCACGUUCAAUGGUCCGCGCGUGGUCAUUCCGCGCAGCACCAAGGGCGACGGGUGGAAAGCCAUGGACGUACAUGAUGUCCCGCACGCGUUUGCGGGGUUGAUGACCAUGACGCCGGACGGGAUGCCGCUUUGUGGUCGGAUGAAGGAAGGUUCGGGGGGCGCGUUGUGGGCGCUCGUUGGGACUUGGGUUACCCAUGCGGCUGGGAGUGCCGGGGUUCUAGCUCCCCAGAUCCUCGCCGCAUUGGGGAAGAAGACGCUUAAGGCCGACGAUGCUUGGCUCCGUGCCGCGCUUGAUCCGCACCGCUUUGAUGGGAUGAGCGAGGGGGAGAGGGAGAAACACUGUCUCGACAAGUAUGCGGAUAUUUGGAACCGCAAGGACCAGUGUGUUGUGGCUUCGCCAAGGCCUUCGUCGAGGCCGCGCUUGGCCAAGCUCUAG